AUGUGUCAAAACUGUGCUGUCUUAUCUCAAGUUAACCACAGUUGUGGUCAUCAGCUGCUGCUCGUCAAGAACUUUUCGAAGUUCUGCCUCUUCUACCCUCAUAAGGAUACUGAGUUCCAUAUGGCCGCCAUCGCGUACUCAAAUCAUCCUACCGAAUACCCUUGCCAGAGCUGCGCUUUACGUGAGGAAGCAGCCGAAAAGGGCAUUCACAAACAGGAGAGGAGAGACUUCAUCAGAAAAAGAUAUGCCGAAACCAAAGAGGCGUCUUCAAAAGAGGACGCGAAAUGGUACCUUGAUACAGCUAAGAAAAGCCAGAAGGGCGUUGAUGCCGUCAAGAUUGAGGAGCUUAACAAGCAUGCGAAGAAGCAAAUCAAGUAUUACCUCGGACGGGGGGGAUACAAGGCACUAAGAAGGGGCGAUAAGGCCAUUCUUCUAAAGACCAUCUUGCAAGUUCCUGAGGUUAUCGACCGCCAUGCUCUUGUUGUAACAUUUGGAUCCUAUGUAGGUUGGAACCAAAAGAAAAACUGUCCGAAGUUCAUCCAUUAUUCAGAGAUGUCAGCGCUUAGGGAUAUUGCUCGCAAGGGAGGUAUGCUCAAGGCUCUAGAAGCAGGGUUGGGGCAAGGACCUCGCGACGCGUGA